GUCUCGCGAUAGAGCGGCGGAGUGGUUUGACGGGCAGUCGAGGUUGCAGCAGGCAGAGGGAGACGGUGGAAGGUAAAGCAGGGAGGCAGCAUCAUGGCGGACAGAGACAGUGGCAGUGACCACGGAGGGCCCACCGCAGGCCCCGGCUCGCUGCCCCCGGGUGCGAUGGGUGCCAUGUCCCGGCUGCAGCACGACACCGAGGAGCUUGCUUCGAAGCGCGUCGACAUCCAGAACAAGCGCUUCUACCUUGACGUGAAGCAGAAUGUUAAAGGCCGCUUCCUAAAGAUAGCCGAGGUCGGGGCUGGGGGAAACAAGAGCCGCCUCACUCUCUCCAUGUCGGUUGCUGUGGAGUUCCGCGAUUAUCUCGGGGACUUUAUCGAACAUUACGCCCAGCUGGGCCCGUCCAACCCGGACAUAGUGCAGGAUGAGCCCCGGCGGGCGCUCAAGAGCGAAUUCCUGGUGCGGGAGAAUCGGAAAUAUUACAUGGAUCUGAAAGAGAACCAGAGGGGGCGGUUCCUAAGGAUCCGACAGACCGUUAAUCGGGGGCCCGGAUUGGGAAGCGCGCAAGGCCAGACCAUCGCUCUGCCGGCGCAGGGUCUCAUCGAGUUUCGCGACGCUUUGGCCAAACUCAUCGACGACUACGGCGUGGACGAGGAGCCGGCGGAGCUCCCGGAGGGCACCUCGCUCACGGUCGACAACAAGCGCUUCUUCUUUGACGUGGGCUCCAAUAAGUACGGGGUCUUCAUGCGGGUCAGCGAGGUGAAGCCCACGUACCGGAACUCCAUUACGGUUCCGUGCAAAGUGUGGUCCAAAUUCGGCAACACCUUCUGUAAAUACGCGGAGGAGAUGAGGAAGAUCCAGGAGAGGAGUAGAGAGAAACGGGCCUCCGAACUGCUACCUGAGGGCCCACACGGCGGCGAUGACGGCGACGAUGACUGACGCGGAUAUCAGGAGAGCAGAAAUAAAACAACAAAGACUAAACUGAACUCUGAGAGAAAAUGAGACUUUGAACUGUACAAUAGAAAGAGAAUUUCCAAGGGAAUCACCCCACACUCACAACCUCCACAGACAUGGCAGCACCUCUGCUGUCUCCGCUCAUUUUACUGGAUGUCACCCCACUUACCACCCAUGUAACAGUAAGCCGCUGCUAUCAAAGGAUUGAACUAAUAUUUCUUACUGAAAUAUGGCCUUUCCUGACUACAUGACGAUGGUGCUUACUUUGGCUUUGACAUCAAGCUCAUCCUAUACAUCUCAACAUCAUCAUAACUCGCGUCCUUAAACUUCAUUACUUUCUGUUAUGUACUCUCACUACCUUAUUAAAUUUCCGUUGAUGGCAAAAAAAGGUGUGCUGUUUUGUACAUUGCUGUUUGUUUUAAUGUUGGGGGAGCCUUGUUGUCUGAAAAAUGACUAAUCGCGCAAUAAAAAGUCAUUCCACAUGU